CAUGUUUUGUUUUAAUUUGUUUUCUUGCUAGGUCAUAAUUUGGGAUUGCACUUUCACACGGUUUUAAAUACCAUAGCAUUUAAGUGCAAUACGUUUGUCCUGGAAAAUGCAGUGUAAAUUAUGUGUUCAAUCAGAUUAUCCUCAUCUUUACUGCAAAGUACACAAACCAAACGUUUCAGAACCAUAUGUAUCUCCACAUGUAAACAGACAGUCAAUCAUAAUUGAUUCCAAGACAGGGGCUCGUAAAUCCCCUUUCACAACUCGGCUUACUCUAAAGUUUUCUGACGUACGCACUAUGAAGAAUUUGUUUGAAAAAGGUUUGGAGACUUCACGCUUUCAACCCUGUUUGGGACGACGUUCUAGUCCAAAUGAAAAAUAUACUUGGUUAACGUAUAUAGAAGUAGAUGAUAAAAUACAGGCAUUUGGAUCAGCUUUAGUGAAAGUUGCUUCUCAUAUUCCAUGGAGUGAUAAUUGUGUUGGUAUUUUUGGUCGGAAUUCACCCGAGUGGUUUAUUGCGCAGCACGCCUGUGCAGCUUAUGGGUUCCCAAUAGUUCCUAUCUAUGCAACUUUAGGUGAUGAAGCCAUGCAACAUAUCCUUAAGCUAACUGAACUACGUGUUGUUGUGUGUGACUCGGGUGAAGAAGUAUGCCGUGUCUUAGAACAAUCAUUGUCCUUCAUCAAUUUAGUAAUUGUAGUAAACGAUGGUCCUAAAGUCGCAGAAGCCAAGGUUCGGUUUUCAUCAAAUGUGAAAAUCUAUUUAUUUGAUGAAUUUUUAGCUAUUGGAAUUAAAUAUCAUAUUCAAAAAACUGAUCCUAAACCAGAUGAUUUAUAUAUGAUUUGCUUUACCAGUGGAAGCACAGGUUUACCAAAAGGUGUUAUGAUCGAACAACAACAAAUUGUCGAUGCAGUUUUUGGAAUCAUUGAAAAUACUGAAGAGAAGUGCUGCAAUAAAUUAUCAACCCAUCUUUCAUAUUUGCCAUUUGCUCAUAUCAUGGAGCAAGUAAACUCUUCUGUUGUCAUUCUCGAAGGAGCUAAAAUUGGAUUCUUGACAAGUACUGUCGAUGGACUAUUUGCUGAUUGUGAAAGUCUAAAGCCAACUGUAUUAACUGCUGUUCCACGUGUUUUAUCCCGUAUUUAUACCAAGUAUUAUGAAGCCAUUGAAGGAUCAGCUCUAAAGACUCGUUUGGUUAAUCAUGUAAUAAAGCAAAAGCUUGGUGAACAAAAACGGGGGAAAUUUAAUCAUCAAAGUAUUUUGGACACGCUUUGCUUCAAAAAACUUCAUCAAUCUCUUGGUGGACGUAUUUGUGGAAUAAUAACAGGUGGUGCUCCUUUGAUGCCCGAAAUUACACAGUUUAUGCGUGCUGUAUUUAAUGGACUUGUUGUCGAAGGCUUUGGUUGCACAGAGACUAUGGGAGUUGUAACCGUAUCUUUAGUCGGAGAAUUUCGUGUUGGUGCUUUGGGUGCGGUUGCUUAUGGUGUAGAAGUUAAAUUGGCCGACGUAUUAGAUUUAGGUCUUGUUGUCAAAAGAGAUAAUCGAGGAGAGAUAUGUGUGAGAGGUAAGCGAUGCACCAAAGGUUACUACAAAGAUCCUCAAAGUACAGCGCUGCUUAUUGACUCAGACGGUUGGUUACAUACUGGAGAUAUAGGAGAAUGGACCCCAGAAGGUUCAUUGAUGUUGGUUGAUCGUGUUAAAAGUAUUUUCAAGUUGGCUCAAGGUGAAUAUGUAGCUCCAGAAAAACUGGAGGCACUUUAUCAAACUUGUAGUCUAAUUAAUCAAAUUUUUAUUGAUGCCAAUCCUAAAUCCAUUUAUCCUGUAGCUAUAAUCGUUCCAAACUUCAACGAAUUACGUGAAUCACUUAGCAAAACAGAUCAUGAAUUGGUUAAUUUAUCCGAUCAUGAUUUAUGCCAACAUGAAUCUAUCCAUCGAAAAUAUCUAAAUGUUUUGGAUCAAAUCGCCAACGAAAGAUUUCUGAAAGGAUUUGAAAAAUUGAAGAAUAUCCAUCUGACUGAUGAAACUUUCUCAAUAGAAAAUGGGUUGCUCACUCCAACAUUCAAGAUUUCCCGAUAUAGAGCCAGAAAGCUGUAUUCUGAAAUUAUAAACAGAUUAUGUGACGAAGUUAUGGCCACAGAAAAUCAUAAAUAGGAUGAGAAUUAAAAGCUGUUAUACUUGACACGAACGUUAUUAUAUUCAUCAUAUGUUUCUUGUAUAACUUCAUAACUUUUUGAUAUGUGAUUAUUUUCAGAAUAUCCAGUUAUAUCAUUAUUUUUUCUUGCAUUCUGGUUUUUAUGAUGGUCUCUGUUCUGUUUGUUUAUUUAUUUCUGUUGGGUAUUCAUAUAACUAAUAAUUCUAGACAAUGAUGAUGAUGGCAUAAACUGACAUUAAAUUUGCUGACUUCUGGAAUUCUUUUGCUCAAAUAAUAUUAUUUCUCUCAUUUUUUCGAAGUAUUUUUAUUUACUUUCUUUUUAUUAUAGACUUGUAUGAAACAAACAAUUUUUCGUAUUCCUUUUUAUCUAAUUUCAUUAUUUGCAAACAUUUUUGUCCAAUGUUAUCUCCCUCCUAAAGUUGUUGUUUAUUAUUUAUAUUUUAUCUGAAGAUAUAAUUGUAAGCUGAGAAAACUCGACAUUUCUCAAUUGCCAAAAUUCCCCUUAGUUAAGUAUCAACUUUGGAAAUUCAUAUUGUCGUAAACGAAGACUCUUAGUUGGGAGGAACAUCUUAUUGUUUAAUGCAAAAUUACAGAGUUCUUUGGUAAAAUAUGAAAAUCAUACAUUAAAAACUACGUUUGCAUAUCUUUCUUCACUUGUUUCUUGCAAAUUUCAUCAUUUCUGUUGUUAUUACGAUUACUCUUUUUCAUUCGUGUUUUCUAUUUUAUCUUUUCUACCUUCUGCUGACAGGCAUUCCACUUCUGAUUGAUGCUACAUACUACUUAUGUACGUCGAUAUAAGUAGCAUACAUCACUAUACAAGUAGUAAGCCUGAAGGGAUUCUUUGAACGUUAGUCUGUAAGUCAUAUUCUUUAUGGGUUGAUCUCAGUUGGAAUGCCAUUGGAAGACAGGGAGAACUGGAUAGUUUAUCUUUUUUGUUUUGUGACUCCUCAUCAGUGAACAUCCACAACUCUCACUCUUCAGGAUCUUCUGAGAAGUCUUAAGGUGCUCUCUUCGAUCCUUGGUACAACUACCCACUGCUGAAGACGACAAUACUAGGAGGGAAUAUCUAUCCAGUUCUCACAAAUGAGAUCAACCCAUAAUGAACAUCAUGUGCAAAAAUAAUAAAAAUGGACAAGCUUCUUUGAUGGAUUCAUUCAUUCUUUAAGUGAUAAGUUUAGCUCUUUAAUAUCCUUUUUUCUUGUAUCGCUUGUCAGUAAAUUUCAAACUAGUGGUAAUAGAAGAGUUCUCUGGAAAUAUUAGGAUAUACAGUUUUGCGAAAGUAAUUAUCAUCGUACUAUCAGUACCUAAAAAGCCUUUUGUUUGGAACACAUAACUUAUCCUAACAGCAUACAAAUUAACGAUAUCUAAACAGUAACGUCUAUCAAACAGAAAGUGCUUAGUUAACCUGAAGAAUAUGGAUAAUUAUCUGCGGUAUCAAAAACAAUGUAGCGAGUAAUAUGAGAUUGAAAUGCAAAUGAUCAUUAUGAAUUAUAAAUGUAUGAAAUAAAUAAUAAAAUGCGAACUCGUUUCAGUCACUUUUGAACCAUAAUAUCACACAUGCUUAUUUCUGUUGAUUCCAAUUAGAAACUUAAAGACUCCAGCUCAGCUACUUUAGACUUUCCACAUGAUUCGAAUUAGCAACCACAAUUCUCCUGGAUUGUUUACUUUUAAUAUUAUCUUGGACAAACACUGAAUUUCCUAGUUAAUAUUUUGUAAGCAUCUCAGUUCUGGAAAGUUUCUUUAACACUUCUAGUCUAUUUAUCAAAUUACAUCAAAUACGAGUUGACAAUUCUAAUUGAUUUACAUAAAAAAGUUGCAAACAUCAUCCUUUGUUCCUAAUUUUUUCCAAAGGUGAAAUAAUUCUGUUUGUUUAGUUGCAAUAAUUAAUCUUGAUGAUUUUUGUCAGACACAUUUAUAUUUGGGGUUCAUGUGGGGAAUACAUAUUAAGUUCCCAUUCAAUUCUACUGACGGACUAGUUGAUAUAUUCUGUUUAAAUAAAGCUCAGU